AUGCCUCGACCACCCAAAAAGCCUGAGGAGCUGUGGGAUGCUCAUCGAGAGCAAAUUCGCGCCUAUUACAUCGUCGAGAACAAGACCCUGGCACAGACGAUGGAAUUCAUGAAGACAGAACACAACUUUGACGCUUCGAAAAAGGAAUAUGUCAACCGAUUGCAGUUGUGGCAGUUGACGAAGAACCUGAAGAAAACAGACUGGCAACUCGUCCAUCAAAGGGAUUCAGCCCGAAAGCAAACCAGGGUUCUUGUCAAUGAAGAGGAUAUAGCCCCUAAGAGACUGAAGAGGGCACGCACGAGGUACAAAUCCGAGUUUGACGAAUCUUUUCAAUCCGUGCUCUCCACGACACACAUGCUCAUUCCUGAGUUGAAUUGGAUCAACCCACCUGGCUCGUCUAUGAUGAGAUGCUCGCCUGGUGAGGUCUCCAUGCAGAGAGCAAGAACCCUCAUCGCAAAGUUUUUGGGCCUACGGGAGGGUAACAGCGACAUUGACUCGACCCGCACCGUCUUGCAGACCCUCGAACGAAUUUUGCCUUGGAAACCUAGCACGGGUUCUUGCCUCAUUUCAAAUGAGCCAUUCCUCCUCUUGAUUCAGUCUUGCAUUUACCUCUCAUCCAAUGGCCGUCUCACACAAAAGGACAUGGACGGCUUCCUUGGCUGCAUACUGGCGAGCGUGAGCAAACCACUCUUGAACCAAUUUAUCGACCGACUGCAAAAUUUGGGGAAUUCAACAGUGGAGAUCUUCCUGUCCCGCCUUCUUUUAAGUGCUGUCAGCCUUGAAAAGGAAGACGUGGUUUCAGUCCUACUUCAACAAGGUGUCGAUCCCAACCACGGCGGCUACGAUGACCAUGAAUGUGAUGAAAGUGAUCUUGAACGCUUUGGACUUGACGUCAAAAGACUUGAUCCACUUCGGAUGGCUGUAUUGAGAGGCAACUCUCAUAUUACCAGGCGUCUUCUCAGCUGCAAGGCCAACCCAAAUGCGUUUUCUCCUGGGGUGCCGGUUAGUCCCCUUGAACUCGCCAUCUCUGUGAGCCAUGGGAAUUUUCUCAUCACUCAAAUUUUGCUGGAGUCAGGUGCAAACAUCAAUACCUACUCCAGGUAUGAGAUCAGAACUAUUUCUCGUGCUGAGGAAUUCCCACGAUUGAUGUUGGAGCUCACGCAUCGAACUUUAUUAAUGAAGGCCGUAGCCGCGCAAAACAUCGGCAUCACCAAAUUACUUUUGUCAAACGGCGCACCCGUGAACGAGGUGUCGUAUAUUUCGGGUACGGCGCUCCAAAUUGCGAUCACAAAAAACGACAUGGACAUGGUUGAGCUUCUCCUCGACGCCGGCGCCGAAGUUAACCUGGUGGAUUCGUUAGAGAAUUCAGCGAGGCAAUAUGUCACCUACUGUCUUGUGUAUCUUGAUAAGCGCCAAAGAUUGCUUCAACUCAGAGGCAUUCAAGAUGACCAAGAAUAUCUCAGAUUUAUUGAAGAGCCAAAAUGGGAGGCCUUUUUGUCGCCAAUCCAAAUAGCUGCGAGCCAACAUAAUCUGUCUAUAGUUCGGCGUUUGCUUGAAGCUGGAGCAGAUGUCAAUUACCAACCGAACUGGGGCAAAAUUUGGGAUCAGAUUUCAGCACCGCCUCAUCUGGCAGAAAGCUUCGGCUUUUAUCAAUACAUCAAAAACGUCACUCGAGAAAGAUUUCAAACAGCACUGCAUGAGGCGGCCGGCCAGGGAAACCUUGACAUGACAAGCCUGCUACUAGAACAUGCUACUGCGCCUGACCGCACCAAUGCUUUGGGGGCCACCAUUCUACAAUUGAUUUGUGGCCUGCAAGAGUACGUGGAGGGCAUCGAGGAUGACAUCGAGGAUGAGGGAAACGAGGAAGAACCUGAGAUACCCCUUUUGGAAACUCGACGGCAAUUGGUUCAAGUUCUUCUUCAUUCAGGUUCUGAUGUGAACUUCCCUCCUGGGCCUUUGAAUGGAAGAACUGCGCUUCAAGCCGCGGCAGAAACAGGAGACCCGGAUUUGGUUAAAUUCCUCCUUGAUCAUGGAGCUGACAUUAAUGGUCCUCCUGCCCUUCAGGGUGGGUUGACUUCACUGGAAGCCGCGGCCAUGUCGGGAAAACCGGAUGUGAUAAGGCUUCUUGUUGACAAUGACUCGGUUCCAACUGCACAUCUGUAUUGGAUUGCGAUUCAUGUCGCUGCGCAAAGAGGUGACGUACCCACCAUCAAACAAGAAUUGGAGCGCGGUGUACAUAUCAAUGCUCUAUGCUCAGCAGAACACAUGCCAGGAAUCAGGGGAACACUUCUUCAAGCGGCCAUCGAAGGGGGCAGUGUUUCCGCAGUUCAGAUGCUGCUGGACGCUGGUGCAGAUGUUGAGUUGGUCAGUGAAGGCGAGACUGCCAUUUGCACCGCUAUCAGGGAGAACAAUUGGGACAUUUUCCACUUGUUGUUGUUGCAUGGAGCCAACCCAAGCCCUCCGGGUGUUCGAAUUACGCCCCUUGCCAUUGCGACUGUUAGGGGUAACGUGGAUAUGAUUCGGAGCCUCCUAACAGCUGGUGCUGAGGUUGAUCGACUUUCGCGCGAACCCGACACUUCCCAGGUCGAGGCUGAUGUCAUUGCCACCCCUCUUUUCUGGGCAUUCUUCGUCUGCAAACCAUGCAAGAUUCUGAAAGAUACCAGCUCACUAUUACUUUCUUUCGGGGCAGAUCCAAACCUGGUAUCCGAGGGAAAAUCCGCAAAGAUCAGUCCUUGGAGUGUUAUCUGUAAAUUUUCGGUUGCUUGGUUAGCCGAAAUGCUGCUUGAAUACGGUGCCAAUCCCAAUAAACCGGAUUGUUCGGGUCUUUACCCGAUUCAAGCGGCAGCAAAGUACGGCAGCGCUGAGAUUGCGCAGCUGUUGAUCGAUGCCCACGCCGAUGUCAAUGCUCCUGCCGGCGGUCAAUAUUUCUACACUGCGCUUGAGUGGGCUGUUUGCAUGAAAUUCCAUGAGUGGCCCUAUGGAAAGGAAGAGGGACUAGUGAGGAUUCUUCUCAAUGCGGGUGCACGCAUUGAGGACAAAGGCGUAAUGUUGUUUGCAGCGAUUCGUGCGGGUUGUUUUAAUUUCGCACAUGAAUUGUUGGAGGAUGGUAUUGAUGCCAAUGCUUCAUCGCCGGCGCUGGUGGAGGCAGCUUUUGCAGGUCACAUGGAACUCGUCCUACUGCUUCUCAAUUGCGGCGCUGACAUCAACACUCAACUGGACAAGCACGGGGUCGUUACGAAUUCCUUGAAAUGUUCAAUUGAGAACGAUGACUUUAACAUGGUUAAGCUGCUUCUCGACAAAGGGGCCGACAUCAAUGCUCAAACAUCAAGCGAUGAGUUUCCCACUGCGCUCGAGUUGGCUGCUUCGUAUGGGGACCUUGAUAUUGUUUAUCUGCUCCUGGAUAACGACAAGGAGGUGGACUUACUCGAGUCAAGGUGUAGGAAAGCGGCAAGGUAUGCGGAUCGGUACGGGUAUUACAUUCUGGCGCGGAUUCUUCGAGAGUACAAACCGCAACGGGGUCAGAAUAGUUGA